AUGCAGAGCGGCUCCUGUUCCCGACUGGCCCGGCUUAGAGCGCGGACUAUGCGCCUGCCCGGGGCGCUGCUGGCCGCACUGCUGCUUCUGCUCUGGCCCCAGGCACCUGCCCCAGCGGCCGCCGGCUCCCGCGCAGCCCGGUUCCGUGUGGGCGCCUUCAACAUCCGCAGUUUCGGGGAUAACAAAGUGGCAGAUCCCGCCUGCGGCAGCUUCAUAGCUCAGAUCCUGGCGGAGUAUGACGUGACCCUGGUUCAAGAGGUCAGAGACCCGGACCUGAGCGCCGUAUCCGCGCUCCUGGAGGAGAUCAACAGCAUAUCAGAGUACACUUACAGCUACGUGACCAGCGAGCCACUGGGACGUGACAACUACAAAGAGAUGUAUCUGUUUGUCUACAGGACAGAGACGCUUUCUGUGUUGGAUAGCUACUGUUACCCUGACCCUGAAGAUGUGUUCAGCAGAGAACCCUUCAUUGUCAAGUUUUCAUCUCCAAACACAGCUGUGAAGGAAUUUGUCCUAGUGCCUCUGCAUUCGGCCCCACACAAUGCCGUGGCAGAGAUUGAUGCUCUGUAUGAUGUCUACUUGCAUGUGAUUGACAAGUGGGGGACUGAUGACAUCCUUUUCCUAGGUGACUUCAAUGCAGACUGUAACUAUGUCAAACAGCACGACUGGGCCAAUAUCAGGCUUCGAACUAGCGAGAUUUUUAAGUGGCUUAUACCUGAUGAUACUGACACCACUGUGGGGAAUUCUGACUGUGCUUAUGACAGGAUUGUGGUCUGUGGCUCUCGGCUGAGAAAAUGCAUCGCACCCAACUCAGCUACAGUGAACAACUUUCAGAAGUCCUUCAGCCUGGAUCAGACUGCAGCCUUAGCCAUUAGUGACCAUUUCCCUGUAGAAGUGACUCUGAAAACCCACUGAUGCUCUCUAAGGACUGUCCAGGAUGCUAGUCUUCA